CGGUGUUUUUAGUUUGUGAGUUUGAAACCGGACUGUGUGUGUUUUUCGCUCAAAUGGAAAGUUGACCGCUCAGGAAUGGAAGAUGAGUCUUCCGUGCGAGUGAAUGACACCACGCGAAAUAUGCCCGGUUAUUCCGGACGCGACGGGGAAUCUGUCUAUGUAUCCAGCGGGACACGGAGCACUGAUUUCGGCCAGGAUGUCCGCAGCGGUGAGGCGAAGGUGCCGUCAUCGUCAUCAUUAUCCUCGAAGGAUGUUUUGGAAUUUCAUAAACACAAACAUGGACCAGGAGGCGGCCACAGAGAACAUAUCGAGAGGGAAAACAUAAGAGCUGUGGAUAUUUUAAGAAGGAAUUUUGGUUCCACUAUCAGAGAUACAGAAGAUCCCAAAAAUCUAGAGAAAGUAGGAAAUGACAUCAAUCUAAACGACUUGGACCAUGAAAAUGAUGAUGAAAGGUUGCAAUGUAGCACAAUAAAUCUACAACAAGAUAUUGAGAGCAAUCCAGAAUUGGGAAAUCCUGAUGGGAAUCAUCAUAUUGAUUAUAACAUUGAUUUGAAGAGUGGCGAAGAUCCCAGCCAAUCAAAAGAGCAUGUUUACUGCACUGUAUACUGUAUAGCCAAUGAUAAUUAUAGGAUACCUGUUCAGAAAACAACAUCCAAUCACGAGACUUCAUCAUCAUCAUCAUCAUCAUCUUCUUCAUCUUCUUCUUCCCCAGAUGUACUGGUUUUACCAUCCACCGACUUACCAAACUUAGAAUUGGACAAUCAUGAUCCCUACCCAGUGCCCUAUACCGUCUCUGACCUGAUGGUGUCUGGAAUACACAGCUCAUAUAAUGCUGACAACAGUUUGUCUGUGGUGUUGACAUGUCGCAUUUGUCUUGACGAUAAACAAAUCAUGCCGCUACACUGUUGCAAAAAGGCUGUUUGUGAAGAAUGUCUGAAAAGAUACAUCAUCUCACAGGUUCACGUGGGUCGAGCGCACUUGGUGUGUCCCAUCACAGAGUGCAGCGGUUUCUUGGAGGAGAACUUGGUGAUUUCACACCUGACCAGUGAGGAACUUGCAAAAUACAAGUACUUUUUGGAACUGAGCCAAUUGGACUCCAGCACAAAACCGUGUCCUCAGUGCAGCCUGUUUACAUCCUUGAGGGGUCGCAGCCAACAGUCGUCCACCAAGAGUGAACAUAAGUAUAAGAUUCAGUGCACCAAGUGCCAGUUUGUCUGGUGUUUUAAAUGCCACUCGCCCUGGCAUGAAGGCCUGAAGUGUCGGGACUACAGGAAAGGAGACAAACUGUUGCGCCACUGGGCCAGUGUCAUCGAACGUGGCCAGAGGAACGCUCAGAAAUGCCCACGCUGCAAGAUCCACAUUCAGAGAACGGAGGGCUGUGAUCACAUGACAUGCACACAAUGCAGCACUAACUUUUGUUACCGUUGUGGGGAGAAGUACAGACAUCUGCGCUUCUUCGGGGACCACACUUCCAACCUGAGUGUGUUUGGAUGCAAAUACCGCUACCUGCCAGAGAAACCGCACCUACGACGGCUGGUCCGAGGCUCCGUCUGCAUGAGUAAAAUGCUGGUGGCUCCCGUGGUCAUUGUCCUGGUGGUGGUUGUCGGAGCUCUGGCUUUGGUCGUAGGCCUGUUUGCUCUUCCUAUCUACUACAUCUGUAAGAGGAGGAGGAAGCGCUCGCAGGGCUCAGGCCGCUGGCUGUGCUGA